CCCCGGCCCGCCCCCGGCCCGCCCGCCCGUUCCUAUGGCAGCCGCCGGGCCGGGCCGGGCUAUGGCGGCGGCGGCGGCUGCUGCUGCUGCGUUGUGCUUGGGCCGGGCCCCUCCGUCUCCUCCGCGGCCGCUCGUGGUGAUCCUGGGCGCUACCGGCACCGGGAAGUCGGCGCUGGCCGUGCAGCUGGGGCUGCGCCUGGGCGGGGAGAUCGUCAGCGCCGACUCCAUGCAGGUGUACAAGGGCCUGGACAUCAUCACAAACAAGGUUUCUCCCCAGGAGCAGCGCCUCUGCAGACACCACAUGAUCGGCUUUGUGGAUCCCCUUGUCUCCAACUACACGGUGGUGGAUUUCAGAGACAAAGCUGUGGCUCUGAUUGAAGACAUCUUUGCCCGAGACAAGAUACCAAUCGUUGUGGGAGGAACCAACUACUACAUUGAGUCCUUGCUCUGGAAGGUCCUGGUCAGCACCAAGGAGAAGGCCAGCUCGGCCCCCAGUCCGGCCCCUGACAGGAAAGUGGAGCUGGAGCAGUUGGACAGUGUGGAGCUCCACCGCCGCCUGAGCCAGGUGGACCCUGAGAUGGCGGCCAAGCUGCACCCCCACGACAAGCGCAAAAUGGCCAGGAGCCUCCAAGUGUUUGAAGAGACAGGGAUCCCCCACAGUGAAAUCCUGCACCAGCAGCAGGAGGAGGAAGGUGGAGGACCCUUAGGGGGGCCCCUGAAAUACCCAAAUUCUUGUAUCUUGUGGCUUCAUGCAGAUCAGGCAGCUCUGGACCGGCGGCUGGAGCAGCGGGUGGACGACAUGCUGGCCGCAGGACUGCUGGAGGAGCUGCGGGACUUCCACCGCCGCUACAACCAACAGAAGGUGGCCGAAAACCGGCAAGAUUACCAGCACGGCAUCUUCCAGUCCAUUGGCUUCAAGGAGUUCCACGAGUACCUUGUCAGUGAAGGGAGUUGCUCGGCCGAGACCAGUGCCCUGCUGUUGCAAAGAGGGAUCCAGGCCCUGAAGCAGGUGACCAAGAGAUAUGCUCGGAGGCAGAACAAAUGGGUCCGAAACCGCUUCCUGAGACGUCCUGGUCCCAACGUGCCCCCGGUGUAUGGCCUGGAGGUGUCUGAUCACUUGCGGUGGGAGGAGGAUGUGCUGAAACCUGCUCUGGAGAUCGUUGAGAGCUUCAUCCAGGGACGUGAGCCCCCGGCAGAGCCUGUCAAGAUGGAGUACGACGCAAACGAGAACAAACGGAGUCAUCACGUGUGUGAGCUGUGCGACAGGGUCAUCAUCGGGGACCGGGAGUGGGCAGCUCACACGCGAUCCAAAUCCCACCUGCACCAUCUGAAGAAGAGCAGGAAGCUGGAGGCUGCCAGCCGUGCUGCAGAGGGGGACGCUGGGGGUGCAGAGACCUCGGGCAAGGACUAUAGCGUGCCUGGGCCAUGGGCUUGUGGAGCCGGGACAGUGAGGAGGCACCAGGCAUUGGGUGGGCUCAGCCUGAACAAGCUGAGACACAGCGGGGGGACGAGGCGGGUGUGUGAGUGACAAGGUGACAACCAAAGGCUGUGCCAGCACCUCUCACAUGGCCUUGUCCUGCCGUGUUCCCGUGCUUCUGCACUGCCUGGAAAGAGCUGGGCCAGGGGCAAGGCUGCAGGGAGCAUCCUCCCGUGCCGAGUGUUAACUCCUGCCCAAAUCGCAGCGUUACCCUUGGGGUGGUUGAGCCUCUCCUGCUGGCAUGUGGACGUGUUGUUCUAAGAGACACAAACACCCUGCACUCCUCCAGCUUGGCCAGGAGUGCAGCUCAGGGGCUUAGUGAGUUCUUUCUGCCUUUAUUGUGGAGAGGAUAUUUUUUUGCUUUUAUAUGGAAAUAAAGCUGCAAGAUUAUUGCAGGUUCUCCUGCCUAUUAAAAAGUUCGGCUUUCUUGCUCUCUAUUUUCAGCUGACCCAGGUUCCCUGCUCCAGGCAUACACGGGGCAGGAUGUCCAGCCCUGGCCCCUUCUCCCAGUCACCUUUCCUGCAGCUCCUGAAGGAGCUGAGCAGAUGUUCUCAGCUUGGCGGAGGCCGGGCGCUCCGUAUGCACAUAGCAGGUGCAGAAAGAGCUGGCACCUGUUAAACAGGAACUUGGAAAUGAUCUCAUCGAGUUUGCAACACAUGAGGCUGUCCUAGUUAAAGCUGAAUUCCCGGGGGUUUACACUGUGGUUUGGCAGUGGGAACUGGCCCUGCAUUUGAAUCCGAGUUGCUGAGCAGCAAAUUCCUUGUGUUGUGCGGCCGCAAGGCAGCAGGGCUGUCUCGGCGUUGUUCCUGGAGGAUGCGACCGCCGUUGGCACCACCUCGCUCCCCAAGUGGCCGCUCUGGUGAAAGCCACAAGGGCCCUUUCCAGGACAUGUGGAAUUCUUCUGGCAAGUGCAAUCAAGAUGGUCCCUCCUGGGUGGGUUUAGGGGCGGGAGAGCAUGAAUUUUUCCUUCAGCUGCUCACGAAUCACCAUGUGGCAAGAGACCUCUCCCGGGGCUCAGCCCCCGAGGGAAGGGGCUGUGGGCAGAUCUGCCGCCACGUUCUCUCUGGGGAUUAGGUUCAAGCUCAGGCUCGUGUUCCGCAGCCCUGAAUUAUUUCUGUAAUGGGGCAGCUGCCUGGGACCACUUGAUACAUGUGUGUUGGCAGCUCAGACUGGAGGGGACUUUGAGUUUGGUUUUCUCUGCCAGCAUUGUGCAGAGCCAGGCACCACGUUGGUGUCGCUGGGUCUGUGCAGUGGCAGCUGAGCCUCUGCUCCAGCCCAGACUUGUUUGCCAUCCACACGUGUGGACGUGGGCUCAGCCUGACUCUGGAGCAGGCAGCAGAGGGGUCACCACGAGGGACGUGGUGUGGAACCACGUUCCUGUAGCCUGCAUGGAUGAGAUGCCGGUGAGGCUGGGUGCGAAGCCCCAUUCACUGCUGAGACGUCUCCCCAGCUCCGUGGGACUGUGGAGGCAGCUCUGGGUGAGGGGUAGGAUUAUCUAGCUUGUCUCCUGAGUGCGCUCAGCCCACGGUGCUGUUAGGAGUGAAUUUAAUGUCCUUAAGUGGUUUAAUAUGAACUUGGUUAUCCCUGCAGAUAAAUGUUAUUCCCCCACCA